UAGUAGAUAUGACCCCUACCCCAAGUGCUUCACCUACAAUAACCCCGUGCAGCAAUAAUCCACUCAUUACCCCCAUUCCAUUUAGAUGCAGACAUCAUGGGAAGCACACAAAGCUGCCCAAAGAAACACAUUAAAAGCUGCUCCCACUGAAGGAGCUCAGUCUGAAGGCUCAUAGCUUCAAGUUGGAGCAGCCCCAGUGCUGGUCAGGCAAAGACAGCAAGUGAACGAACAAACCAGCACUGACACCUGGCAGACACCCAGUCACAGGCUGUGGACACUUGCUCAGGCAGAGGACCAGCCAAGGCCUAUGGAGUCCCAGGCAGACACACCCAGCGGCGAGUCAGUGGAGAGCUGUACCUUGGACCUACCGACAGCACGUGACAUCAGAGGUCAUGAAGCAUCCCAGGGAGCCAGCAGCAGGUCUCUGAGUUCUCUGGAAUCCCAUCCUUUCCCUUGUUCUUCCACGGCUGAUACAGAUAGCAGUUCUGUAAACACUGAGCAAAAGGAGGACUCCUGGGACUCUGAGAACUUCCGGCUUGAUCCUUCUGGGAAAGGCCAGCUGGAGACCAGUGAAGAGGAGGAUGGACUUCGGGAAACGCUGGACAGAUUCUAUGAAGCAUUUGCCCAUCCACUGCCAGGCUCUGGGGAUCAGCUCUCUGCCCCUGUGUGUCAGUGCCUGUCUCAGAAAAUCUCUGAACUCCAGGGCCAGGAGAGUCAAAAGUACGCUCUCCGCAGUUUCCAGAUGGCGCGAGUCAUCUUCAACCGGGAUGGCUGCUCUAUCUUACAAUGCCAUUCCAGGGAAACCCGCUUCUACCCUCUGGAGGAAGGAAGCAACUCUUUGGAGGACAAAGAGCCCACCCCAGGGCUGUCAAGAGAGAUCACUCGUUUCCUCUUGGAGCAGCUGGUAAUGAAAGACUCCUAGCUGGUGCUGGCAUGAAAGUCGGCAAGGCUGGAGGGGGAGGUGCUGCGGCUUGGCCCUCAGAGUCCCUGAGGGGGUUUCCGGAUAGCCUCCUGUUUCCAGCCAGGAUAGCUACAAGCUUUACAGGUAGAGGCUGGCACCUGGUUUAGGGAUCCAGUAAGACUAUAGGUGUGCCACCCACCACCUGCCUUAGCCAAGGCUGCUACUGACUCAACUAGCGUUGAGUCCCUGCCCAGCUUCCUUGCCUUAGUCUGUGUUCCGAAUGAUCUCCUGGGGUCCAGGCCAGGAAAUCAAUUCCUUGCUUGGUUCAUCCCUCCUCCCACUCACCUCCUGGUGUCUCUGGUCUUUUCUUAAUAAACCUUUACAUCUGCA